AUGCAGUUCUCCAUCUAUUUCACAAUCGCUGCCGGCAUUGCUGCCACGGCUGUCCAGGCAAACCCACUUGUCCCUCGAGCAGAGCAGUUCUCCUGCUCCGGGCACUGCUUGGAUGGUCAGAAUGUCUGCUCGUGUCCACUCGAAGGCUUUACUGCUAGCUGCACCUCCGGCGGCUGUAAGAGCAGUGCCGACCCGUGCUCCAUUAUCAACGUGAGCGGAAUCCAAUCUGUUACCUGCGGCGCUCCUGUUCUUGGAGGCUGCAAGCGCGACCUUGAUGGGCGUAGCGUUAUUCUCCUCAGCAUGUUAAAAGCCGCUACUUGGAGAUAUGAGGCCUAG